AUGGAUACUCUUGGCGUAUUCGUUAUUCUCUGUAUCGUGGCACACAACUUUGUAACUGGAUACUGGUACGGAGCAGAAUAUUGGAACCUUAGACAUUCAAUUCACGGGAUUAGCUACGAUACGUCCGAUAGGUUCUGGGGGUUAUGGAGUGCGCACUCAUCCAUCCAUGACCACUACUUCCUAAAUACUGGAAGCUACAGUAUGUCACUGAAACAAUGUACCGGAUGUUCAUGUGAUACCAGACUUAAGACCGUCAGCAAGUGCAGAGGAAAUGUAAUCAUCAUUGAUGUUCCUGAAUUUGUUGAGUUUGGGCAAGGAUCCUUAGAUUUGUUGACAGUAUUGGAGGAACUAAUCGUUACCAGGACGGGCUUGAGAAUGUUCCCUGACAUUUCGGCAACUGCAAUGACUAAAAUGAUGCUUGCUGACAAUGCGCUAUAUUUCUCGAGUGUUACGCCUAAAAUAGAAUGGCCAGCAUCUCUGAAACGACUGUCUUUGAUUCAGAAUAGAAUUGCUUAUAUAACAGAUGGAUUUUUUAAUGGAAGCCAGUUGGAAUAUAUGAGUUUGGAUGACAACAAUAUUAGAGGGAUAUCUAAGAGGCACUUGUCUUAUUUAGCAACGUCACAAUUAAAACAUCUAAACCUGAGCAACAAUAACAUUGAUUACAUAGAGCCUUUCGCGUUAUCGCAGCUGGGACAACUGUUAAUAUUAGAGCUGCAUAACAAUUUGUUGAAUCGGCUAUAUAACGGCGUUUUUGCCAAAAUUCAGAACUUAGUACAUUUGGACUUGGUGAAAAACCGUUUAACAGCUCUGGAGGAAAACAGUUUAGUAGAUUUACCAGCAUUACACACUCUACGUGUUCACAGCCAACAACAGGGGAACGGUCUGACAACUGUUUUCUACAAAGCGUUUAAAGAUAUUAAUGGCAACCUCACUAAUUUGUGGCUGAGUGAUAAUGCGUUGACCACUUUCCCUCAUGGCGUGUUGUCAGAACAACAAUAUGACAAACUACAAUCUGUGCAGAUUGACAACAACCGGAUUACCAACCUUACACUCUAUGGUGACCAGGAUUUCUUUCCAAAUGCGAUAACGUUACAUAUCAGAAAGGAAAGAGAUUUUAAACUCUGGAAAUCGACUCCAAACAUAGCAUUUCUAGACGCUUCUAACAAUGGCAUCAAAGGUAUUAAUCGACUUGAUUUGUGUGACCUUCAAAACCUACGAGAUUUAAGAUUGUCCGGAAAUGCUCUUUUAAAUGACGAAACCUUUGUAGAUGGAACCUUAGAUUGUUUGAAACGUUUGUAUCGAAUUGACCUGAGCUAUACUACAUUCUCGAGGGUACCGAAAAUGACGGACAUGCCAAGCCUUCGAGAACUGACGAUGCACCGAUGUGACCUCACCAUCCUAGAAGCCGGCAUCUUUGGAAAUCUUCAACUGACACACAUAAGAAUGGAUGGCAAUAUGAUCAUCACAAUUGAAAAUGGCGUUUUCCCACGAUCUGUAACCUAUUUACAUUUACCAAACAACUGUUUUAGAUUUACUCAUGAAAACCCGUUCACUAAUUUGAACAAGCUUUAUUAUCUCCACCUUGGAAAUAACAAGAUCGACUACAUACCAGAAACAGCUUUUUCCAACUGUACCUCACUGACAACACUAUUGCUUCACCAGAACAACAUUGGCUGGCUAUCCAAAGCCAUGUUUAAGGACAGUCCACUCACCAACCAUUUUUAUGCCUAUGACAAUGAUAUCACUUGUAUAGAGGAUGGCACGUUCAGCCACACAAAUCGCAUCGGAUAUCUGUAUCUUUAUAAUAACAAGCUGACAAGAAUACCGACGGGCGGGGAUUUCUCGUCAAAAACCAUCUACAGGUUUUUGUUACAAAAUAAUCGCUUUACAGAAAUUCCAUCUGGGGCGUUCGAAGACCUGUAUGUGUCAGAUUACUUCUCGCUCAGAAAUUUUGCCAUCACUGUGGUAAGAUCAGGGGCAUUCAAAAAUACUAGAUUUAGUGGCCACCUCGACUUGAGAAGUAACCCAUUGACGACAAUAGAAGCAGGUGCUUUCGAUUCGUCUACGUUUAACAGCAUGUACAUGAAUGACAUGCAAAUUACCCAUUUACCCACUGGAGCCUUCAGAUCGAUUACUGCUAGCUACAUAUAUCUACACUCUAAUGAUAUAACUCACAUAGGAAAAGCUGCAUUCGACGACGUCCAUGUCAGUGGUAACAUAUAUCUUAACAAUAACAAGCUCACAAAUUUGACGACUUCGGUUUUUGCCAACACUUCCAGUAUCGGCGGUAUUUUGUAUCUUGGUAUGAACGAUAUAACAAGUGUGGAAAGCGACGCAUUCGAUGGGCUAACAUCCCUUUCGGGAAUCUUUUUAAACGACAAUCAGAUUGAAGAAUAUCCAACAGCUGCCCUUGCUAAUUUAGGAAUUGUACAUCUAUUGUUGAGUGAUAAUCUCAUCAGUUACAUCGAACCAGGUUCGUUCUCUGAUCUUUGGUCUCUGAAGACACUUGACCUUGCUGAUAAUAAGAUUUUCUUCUUUCCUGCGAUACAAAAUUUGACGGAACUCUCCACCAUUGAUUUAAGAGACAAUCAGCUACAAACAUUUGAAAGAGCAACUUUUGAUCAGAUAGCUGAUAAUAAGGCUUUCUUGAAACUUGAUUUAACAGGAAACCAAGAUAUCGGUUGCGAUUGUUACAUGAUUGAAGCUCUGAAAAAGAUACAUAAAGCCAUUUCCGGUGGAGAAUGUGGGUCACCUGAAGGAGUUACAUUGGACUACCUAGCGAACAACACACCAGCAAGAUCGACGUACUUUGUUAAUGUUGACCCCACACUUUUUAUUUGUUCUCCUGUGAACGUUAUUUCAUCGACAAUCACUUCCAAUGACGUCACGGUGACCUGGAGGAGACCCGACAAUAUAACAACAGAUUCUUAUACAGACUCUGAGUCAUGGAGAUAUCGACUCACAUGCACUAGUUCAGAUGGCAAUGUGAUAACAACUACAGUUGCAAGUAUUCGGGAUAUGAAUUCGCUCAACAAUUCCAACACUGGAUUGAAUACAAGUGAUGCAUUCAACAGUACUGGAUUGAAUACAACUGAUAUUUUCAACAAUACUGGAUUGAAUGAAACCAAUGCAUUCAACAGCUCUGGAUUGAAUACAACUGAUAUUUUCAACAAUACUGGAUUGAAUGAAACCAAUGCAUUCAACAGUACUGGAUUGAAUACAUCCGACGCCAUUAAUUCAACUGGAUUGAAUACAACGGAUUCGUUCUCCUACACAUUCACGGUAGAUGAUGGAAUCACUGCAGACACGGAAUAUGUAUGUGUUGUAGCUGUCCUUGACGGAAAUUCCAACUAUACAUCUAGUCCUCCAAGUCAACCAGGAGUAGUUAGGACACAGAGGAAGAAAACUGUACUGCCAACUCUCUUAAGCUAUGACAAUUCAACUAACUCGACGAAUUCAACCAAUGCUUUCACACCAGAAGACAUUUAUGAUUGGAUACUUCCUAUUAUAUAUUAUGAUUUUAGUCAAACGCAUCCGGACUUCGUGGGGUAUGAGACUGCCAUUACCACCAAACCAACUUACGUUCCCAGUCCAUUUGGUUCUUGGUUGUUAAAAUCUAACAACCCAAGCACGGACACAUUUUCAUCCUGGUUUGUUGAUAAUCCACCCACUAAUUUGGCGGUAGAGGAUUUCAUUACUCUGACGAUGAUUGGAACCGUUCCACCAACACACAGGUAUGAAACGUACGCAUUUUUCCCUGUGGAUGGCGCUGGUUUAGGAGACAACCAGAAGGACUGCUUUGGCGAAUAUCAUAAUUUUGGAUUCACAUCUGCCAUCCGAGCGGGAUUUGUUUACCAAGGAAUUCAGAACGAGACUAUUGCUGUCGGAGGAGGAGAUGACCUUUGGGUCUUUAUCAAUGACGUUUUAGUGUUAGAGGUUAUUUCUAGAAAAAGUGACAUUCUAUGCAAUAUGAUUGAUAUUUAUCCAGCAUCAGCUGCAGGUGGCGCCACAAUCACACCCCAGACAGGUAUCAUUGUCAGUGGACAAUGUGUCAUAACACAACAAAUACCGACAGAGAGUGUAUUUCUUGAAAUGACAGUGGGUGAACGAUACCGUAUGUCUAUAUUUCACGCCGAGCGUCUCACGUGUUCGUCAAGCCUAUACAUUCAAACAGAAAACAUUCAUUUCAUUACCGACCUACAAGAGGAACGACCUGCUGAUUACGUCAUCAACCCAACAGAAGGUUUCCACGUCAAUGGCACGCUCCAGCGGCUGUACUUUACCGACAUUUUCUCCGUUGGACCUUCUUUCAAUGUCACCAUUAUUAAAGGGAAUGAAGCAAGACAUUUUACAAUCCUGGACAACACUGUAGCAAAUUCUCUAGCAGCUAUUCCUCCAAAUGUAUCAUCUCUAAACUACACCAUUGUAGAUGGCAUAUCAUAUGUUGAGUGCUUGAACUCCUCCCUGGUGACCCCUGAAGAAAAUGAUACCACUACAGAGACAUUUAUCAUCAAUACUGACGUGGCUCUGUUCACUCUUGCCUCGUCACUCGAUUAUGAGACUUGUAGCUCGUACACUGUAGUCAUGGAAAUCAUCGACACUGGUAAAACCCCGCCAUCUACCGGGACAAUCACAGUCAAGGUAAACGUGCAAGACAUCAAUGACAACUGCCCCAUUGUAAAUGGUACCAAUUUCAACCUAAAAGGGGAUCCCGCCUUGCAAAUCCUUCCCUUUGGUAAAGUUACAGCAACCGAUGCAGACAGUAGUAUCAAUAGUGACGUCAUGUACCUCAUCUCUUCAAUUGUUGAAAAUCCUUCAUUAGAUUUCAACCCAACCAUGGACCUGUUCAAUGAAGUGUUUACGCAAACCACUCUACUCAGCUUUUCAAUCAUUGCCAUUGACGGCGGGUCUCCACCUCGGGGGUCCAAAGCUACAAUGACGUUUGAGGUAGACAAUUCUUGUCUGAUUGACGCCACGUUCGGCCCUUCAAAUUACUCGCUCUCACUGGAUAACAGUACAGGCCAGCUCGUGUUCAGAGUUCCGGGGUAUUAUAUAUACCAUCUAGCAUGUGACAAACUCUUGGGGAUGGAAUCUGGACAUAUCGCAGAGAAAGACAUUACUGCAUCUUCCUUUACCUAUGAGGGCAAUCCCUGUCGGGCACGGCUUAAUUUUUCUGGUAUUCCAUAUCCUUUAGGAAGCAUUCAUGGAGGAUGGACUCCUAUACAGGACUCAGAUCAGUGGAUACAAGUGUCACUGAACACCUCCUAUAAAAUAAAUCAACUGAUGGUGCAGGGACAGGCGGAUGAGGAUCACUGGGUUACUAGCUUUGCUAUCACAUACAGUACUGAUGGAAUCACGUGGGUGAAUUAUACAAAUGAGGCAGGUAACACGAUAUUCGAAGGGAACACAGAUAAAAAUACGAUAGUUACCAUAAAUUUGGAUCCAGAAAUUGUCACUCACUUCAUCCGGAUUCAUCCGCUCACCUGGAACAAUCAUGUCGGACUUCGUCUAGAACUCGUUGGUUGUUCUGAAUUCCAGUUCAAAUACUACCGGACGACAUGUGAGCGAUGCCCCGCCACCAACUACUGUGUAGGAGAUGGUACCUCUUUACCAUGUGGACGAUGUGAUCCAGUGCAAGCUAACUCCACAUGUGGACGCUCACCUACAGAACACUCAUUUGGUCUAGCUUCAGAAUGUACCACCUGUCCACUUGGCUGGUUGUGUAAGAACGGGUAUGCAACUCCCUGCCCAGAACUCCACUAUGUGAACUGUACUGAUGAUGACUGCCCGGACCAGUGUUACCCCUGUGAGGCAGGCUAUGCAUGUCGUAAAGGCGAGAGAUUUCAGUGUAGGGAAGGAACAUACUCUGAUGGAACAUUUGAGCGUUGCCAGGUAUGUGAAUUAGGAACCUACCAGGAUGAAAAGGGUCAGUCAUCAUGUAAGCCCUGUCCGACAGGCUACGCAUCUUCCAGUUUCCGGGAUCGCUGUGACGUGUGUCCAAUGAGGGCAUACUUGGAUCGUGACAUCGGCACGUGCGUGGCAUGUGACUCGCACACGCAUUGUCCUUGCCUAGCCAGUAUGUCUGCCUGUCACACAGCUUUACAAUGUUACAACUACCAGACGGGACCGAAUACAUACAACCACAGUUGUCUUCCUUGCCCAGAUGGGUUUACAGGUGAUGGUACCAACUGCUAUGACAUCGACGAGUGUGCAGUUUACGAGCCUUGCUGGGAUAAGAGCAUGUGCAUCAACACGUCACCUGGUUACCAGUGUAAGGCGUGUCCCCUUGGUUACACGGGUACUUACGAGGAUGCCCUCUCCAUACACAUACAUAGGCGGACAUUCUAUAGACAGAAUCUGGUAUUGUCAUCCGAAAACCAAACCUGUACUGAUAUCAAUGAAUGUUUGAUCAACAACGGCGGAUGUGACGUCAAUGCUUACUGUCACAACACAAUCGGAAGUUUCUAUUGUGGCGAAUGCAUUGAGGGUUAUAUUGGAAACCCAGUCGUAGGCUGUAAAAUUGGUGACUUCUGUCAGUUUGGAAAUAAUAACUGUCACCAAAACGCUGAGUGUUAUUACCUUGGUUUGGGGAUGUACCGCUGUAACGACAAUUGUCGAUUUUUGGCAAAUGUAGGUCAGGAGGACAACGACGGCGACGGUGUUGGCGAUGUGUGUGACGAUGAUGAUGACAAUGAUUACAUCGUCGAUGAAGAAGACAACUGUCGAUAUGUAGCCAAUAGAGGACAAGAAGAUACAGAUGGAGACGGUAGCGGUGACCAGUGUGACAAUUGUAUGGAUGACGUCAACUAUGACCAGUCUGACGUCGACGGUGACGGGUUAGGAGACGUUUGCGAUGACGAUAUAGACGGCGAUGGCAUCCUGAACGGAUUUGAUAACUGCCCAUAUAAGGCUAAUGUCGAUCAAAUGGACAUGGACGGUGACACUAUGGGAGACAAAUGUGAUAACUGCAGGGACAUACCAAACGUUGCACAGACAGACACAAAUCAGAAUGGCGUUGGUGAUGACUGUGAUGGACAGGACAGUGAUGGCGAUGGUGUAAUGGACAAUCUUGACAACUGUGUAAAUUUUCCCAACUCUGUACAAACCGAUACUGAUAGCGACGGAAUCGGGGAUAGCUGUGAUGACGACAUCGAUGGCGAUGGUGUUCUUAACGACGCUGACAACUGUGUUUAUGUUGUUAACCCAGCACAGGAAAGGCUGCAUGGCUUCAAGAGCAGGGGUGAUGCCUGUGGACAAGAUAUGGACUCUGAUGGAACACCAGACAUCGAGGAUGUUUGUCCUUUGAAUGGAAACAUUGCAAAUUCGACAUUCUCGCGCUAUUUCUCAUUGGACCUCAAUCCCGCAUGGACCACAGAACAGUCUCCUGAUUGGAUGGUUUUGGGUAAUGGCAGGCACAUUCUUCAGUUAAAGUCAACUAUGAAACCAGUGGCGUUGAUUGGGGAGCAGAUAUUUGGCCAUGUAAUUCUCACGGGAACUACAUUUGUCGAUAAUAACGAAGGCUACGGUGUUAUCGGGUUUAUAUUGGGUUAUCAAAGUAACCGGAAGUAUUAUCUUUUCACCUGGAGACAUAAGUACUUUAACCUUCAGGACCGUGGAGAUGUUAAAGGCGUCCAAAUAUGGUUAGUAGACUCAGGAACUGCUCCUGGAAUAUCGUACGCAUUUGCUUUAUAUCAUGGCUGUGAUACUUCCUCGAUUAAAACGCUGCUUUGGCAAGAUCCAAACUUGACUGGCUGGGAACUGUAUCAGAGUUACAAAUGGACAAUGGAGCAUAGUCCAUCGGUUGGACUUCUUAGAGUACGAGUUGACCAAGGAGACAAGAACAUAGUGGACUCCGGCCAUGUCUUUGACACAUCGAUACAAGGCGGCCGACUUGGUGUGUUUUCCUAUAACCAGACGGGGUCACACUGGCUCAACCUCCAGUAUCGCUGUACUAAAAGACUGAAUACAGCUCUGCAGUUUAACGGAAGUACAUAUGGUGAAAUAGGGACUCUUUCGGUAUUAUCCAUUGACAGCAGUUUCACACUUGAGGCAUGGGUCUACUUGUCAGCGACUGCUCUCAACACCAAACAACCAAUCAUAUGCUCUUCCUCUUCUGACAUGUGCCUAUAUGUUGACAGCAGUACAUUUCAUGUAAAAAUUGGAGCUAGCAUCAUCGACGAUAACCAGGUGACGCUGUAUGUGGACGGCACAAACAGCUUAUCCACACAAGAUAGAAGAUUAAAUGGGAUACUGACGCUUACAUGGAACACGAGUGACAUCCUGUAUCUAGGAAAAGACGGAGAAAGCUUCUUCAAUGGCUUAAUGGACGAGGUUAAAAUUUACAAUACAGCUAUAGCUGACACUGAUGUAAACACUUACUGGAAGAUGUUUGACAUGACCAGAGCGUACAAGAAGUGUAUACUGUCAGCGCACUAUAGCAUGGACAAUCAGACACAAUCUGCUUUUCUCAUGGAUCAAGGACCGAGACAUCUAGAUGCUCGUUUAUACGGUGCGCCAACUUUUAUCGAGAGCACCACAGAUUAUCAGCGUUAUUACGACGCCAACACAUAA